AUGCGUACCUCUUCCCUCCUCGCCUCAGCCCUCGCCGUCCUCGGCACCCAAGCCGCCGACUCAAGCACCAUAAUCGGCUACUUCUCCCCAAGCUGGGACGCGACGCUCCUCAAGUACGGCGGCUGGACAAGCACCGCAGCCAGUCUGGCCGGCAUCAACACCAAAGCCGCAACAUACCACGUCGGCUGCGAGAAGGGCGCCGCGAAGACUGACUGCGACUAUCCCUCUUCGUGGACUAUUAUCCAGGGUCCCGAGACAGUCAGCCUCACGGGCAAGUACAUUGCGACUACGUCGGGCGCAUCUGAAAGCUACGAUGUGACCGUUACGCAGUCGUAUGAGUGCUCGCUGGAAUCUUCGACUGUGUCUGCUAGCUGCACCAUGAGCGUUGGUAUGACUGGGUCGAUGAACGGAGCGAAGUAUUCCUCUUCGACUACGAGCAAGGGCACUUAUUCGCCCGUGCCUAUUGAUGGGUAUUACUACCAAUUGACUGUUACUGCGGGCCUGAGCUCGAUUACCCAACCCGCGGCUACUGAGACUGGAGGUGCGGUUGGCCCUGCUGCGGCUAUGAUUACCGCUGCUCCUGUUGUUGCUGCUGCUGCAAUUGCGGCUUUGCUGUGA